GCCUCACCUACCACUGCCAAAAGUGGUCAUGGGGUUAUUUUUAAACUUAGGGAGGAAGUAUUUAUUGUUCCCAGGCUGAAGAGAGCCGGGCAGACUGUGGGAUUCUUCUGGGGGAGUACUGCUGCGUCCUUUCCACCAUGUCACCUAAGAAAGCCAAGAAGAGAGCAGAGGGAGCCAAUUCCAAUGUGUUCUCCAUGUUUGAACAGACCCAGAUCCAGGAAUUUAAGGAGGCCUUCACCAUCAUGGAUCAAAACAGGGAUGGUUUCAUCGACAAGAAUGACCUGAGGGACACCUUUGCUGCUCUUGGGCGUGUGAACGUGAAAAAUGAGGAAAUUGAUGAAAUGCUCAAGGAGGCUCCAGGUCCAAUUAACUUUACUGUGUUCCUACAGAUGUUUGGGGAGAAACUUAAGGGAGCAGACCCCGAGGAGACCAUUCUCAAUGCGUUCAAAGUGUUUGACCCUGAAGGCAAAGGAGUGCUCAAGGCUGAUUAUGUCAAGGAGAUGCUGACCACGCAGGCGGAGAGGUUUUCCAAAGAGGAGAUUGACCAGAUGUUUGCCGCCUUCCCCCCUGAUGUGACUGGCAACUUGGACUAUAAGAACCUGGUGCACAUCAUCACCCACGGAGAAGAGAAGGACUAAGAGAGUGGCUUGCUUUUGGGUGGGCAGAUGGGGGCAUCCUUGCCCUCUUCUCAUUUUGCCCAGUAAUGCACCACCCCCAACCCUGGCCAGUUGGUCAUGUGGCUGCCUCAUUUAUCCACCUCCAUCUUCUUUGCAGUCUGGGUGCCUUAGAGCUACCACGUGACCACACAGCUGGCAGAUGGAAAUUCACCCAGAGCCUGUGUUCAAAUAAAGAGGAGGUCGUGUA